AUGGCCCUUUCCGGUCUGAUAUACUCCAACGCGGCUCUUGCAAGGUGGGUUCAGACUCAAGCGAACCCCCUCCAGAACCUGAAUUUGUCGUCAUCGACCGAACAUAAACUGGACACCGCGCUCCGUCUCCUGCGAGGGGGGGGCGUUGUUGCCGUUCCCACCGACACUCUCUACGGACUGGCGGCUGACGCGUUCAAUCCGGACGCUAUUGAGCGGGUGUUCGGCAUCAAGGAGAGGCCGGACGGGUUAGCGUUGCCCGUGCUUUUAGCUGACCCUGGGCAGUUGGAAAUGGUUGCCGCGCAAGUUUCGCCCCAGGUCAGACAGAUUGCCGAGGCGUACUGGCCCGGCCCGCUGACCAUGAUUGUGAAACGGGCCAGCGGCCUGCCGCCUCGCCUGACUGCCGGCCAUCCGACAGUGGCGGUUCGGGUUCCGGAUCACCAAGUGCCGAGGGAGCUGGCGCGCAAGCUGGGGCGACCGAUCACGGGCACCAGCGCCAAUAUCAGCGGGGCCGCCGAUCCGCAAUCCCUCGAGGAGUUACGGCGGCAGGUGGGAGACCGCGUAGACCUGGUGGUCGAGGACGGUCCGAGCCCCGCGGGCACCGCGUCGACGAUCGUUGACGUUUCCGGGAAUGAGCUCAAGCUGGUUCGCGACGGUGCGGUGCCAUUCGAAGAGAUUGCAGCCCUCUUUAACAGCCAGUAG